CUGAAUUAUUACUAAUAAAUAUUGGCUCUUUGAAUGGAUAAAGUAGGGAAGAUUCAAGCUGCUUUUAAGCUGAAAGAACAUCCAGAUAUCUCUCCAGAUCUUCCUUUGAAUAAAAAAUCUGAGGGUCUGCAACAAGAGAAGUUGGUCAAUAGCCCAAAGGCUGGUGAAGAAAUUGAGGAAUUGGAGCAAUUAGAGUUGGCCGAGCCGGAAAGAUGUGAACAAAAUCAGGAAAAUCAAGAGGAUUCUGAAACCCUUAAGAGUGGGCCAGGAAAGAAUUGCAAAGAAGUUAAAUGUGACCCUAAUAAGUCUUGGAUACAAAUUCCUUCAAAAGAUAUGAUGAAAGAACUGUUUGAAAUCUUUUGCUCCGAGAAGCAAACAAAUAAUAUGAAAUCUAACGACCAAAACACCCCCAACGAAAGAGUGAAGCAAUAUGAAUGUUUCAUUGAUGCACAAAAUGACUUCUUCUUGGUUGUUCCAGAGAAUACCACUCCUUUACCAUGGGUUAAUCAGGCAAAAUUAAGUUCAAGGCAUACACCAACAAAGUAAUAAUUUAGAAGGGAAAAGGAAGAAGGAAUACUCAAAAGUGCCUAAAUAUCUUAAACAUAAAAUAAAAAAGACUUCAGAAUCUCAUAGUGAGAAUGCUUCCCAACAAUAUUCCAAAGACAAGAGCCAGUCGAUUUUGAAGGAAAGCUUCUCUAAGAACUCCUUUACAAGAGAUACUCUACAAGGAGGUAUAAGUUCAGAUCAGAUUAAAAAUAAUACUAGAUCGGAUUCAGAGAAGAGUGAUAGUGACAAAGAUAUGAAACCUGAAGAGAACUCUUUACCUCUCGAGAAGGCCGUGAACUUCAAGGAUAGUAUCAACAAACCUCAGACGGUAAAAUCUCCAUCAGGAUGAACAUAAAAGUUGUCCAAGGUACAGACAAAGGCUCUCAGAAAGAGACUAAUAGUUGUACCCACAACCAGGAGACUUGCAAAACACAAUCCACCGAGGAGCCCUCUUUAAAGAGGCAAUUCUCUUCACAGACUGAGAAGAGAGAUCUAUCUGAGCCUCAGCUUUUCAGGAUCAAAGGUACAGAUGCUGUCAUGAGAUCCCAGAAGAAUGCUUCUUCUCAGACUAGAUCUGAACAGCUGGAUACUGGUGGAAAAAGCGGCCUUGAAGGUCCUGGAUGCAACUUUAAGCCUGAUAUGAGCCAUGUGUCAUCUCACACAGAAAGUAUCGGUGGCAUGAACACUACAAACAAAGGCGAGAUGAGUAAACAACAUACAACCUAUGCUGCCAAAAUUGCUGAUGAGAGUGAACAAGUCAGAGACACUAACAAGCCUUCAUCACAACCCCAAGAAAACCCAAAGUUCAUUUUUACUAAAAUGUUUAUCAUAAAAGGGACUGAUACAACAAAAGCUAGGGAAAUUGAGAAUCCAAGGAGCUUACUCAAAAGUUGUCAGAAAAGGAAAGCUACUACUGAAAAUGAAGAAAUGAAUAACCCUGACACCUUAAUGAAGCCUACUUAUUCAAGAAAGCAGUCUGAGCAUUAGAAAGUAGAGUUUUUGAGAAUUGGAAAAUUAGUCAUAAACUCUGGAAGAAAACUAUUAAAUUUUCAUUAAAAAUGCAUCUAAACCCUAUAGAGUUGUACCACUGGUUUAAAACUUUCCCUUCUUCAUGGGUUAUCAAAACCCCGAAUAUAUCUCAAUUUUUAUGAAGUUCCAAAUGAGGGUAUGACUAGUCAAUAAGUAAUUGAGAUUACAUGGGAAGGAAUCUCUAGUUCAGAUACUUAUUGGUUUAAUAUCAAUACACUCUAUUAAGCAAUAUAAUAUGGCCACUUGUCCCUCCCCAUUGCUUACUUUUGGUUCAUGAGCUCAUGAAGUUCUUUGCUCAACCAUAUUCAGAAUGAGAUGCUCCCAAGUGAAAUUCAAAUUCAGCAUCGCCACUUGUAAGAUCGUUCAUGAAUACUUUAGUGCCGAAUCGAAUGUCAGAAUAUCUGUGGAUUUUGUGACUUAUUUGAAGAUCACAUAUUUUAUCUAUAAUAUUCUCAAUACUUUAACUUUUGAAAGCACCAAAAUGUUAUUGACAUAUUGUACAGAAAGCGUAGUAAGAGGGUUAUAGCAUGUAUGAAUUAGCAAGAGCAAAAUCAGCCUUGCCAAUUUCGACUAAAACCACGAAAUUAUGCCCCCAUAAUACAUCUAAAUAUACGUA